GGCACCAGGAAUCUGCCUUUCAGAUUCUGCCUCCAGCUGGCCUUAGGGAUGAAGGCCGUCGGCGUCCUGGCCCUGAUAGGCUGUGUGGCCACGGUCAUCGAGUCUAAAGUCUACACUCGCUGUAAACUGGCAAAAAUAUUUUCGAGGGCUGGCCUGGACAAUUACCGGGGUUUUAGCCUCGGAAACUGGGUCUGCCUGGCGUACUACGAGAGUCACUACAACACCACGGCUCAGAAGGUGCUGGAUGACGGCAGCAUUGACUACGGCAUUUUUCAGAUCAACAGUUACACGUGGUGCCGGAGUGGGAAGGUUGAGCAGAAGAACCACUGUCACGUCGCCUGCUCAGCCUUGAUCACUGACGACCUCACAGAUGCAAUUAUCUGUGCCAAGAAAAUUGUGAAAGAAACAGAAGGGAUGAACUAUUGGCAAGGCUGGAAGAAAUACUGUGAGGGCAAAGACCUGACCGAAUGGAAAAAGGGAUGUGAGGUUUCAUGA